CGCAGCCCUGCCGACGGCGCCGGGGAAGAUGCUGCCGCGGCUGGUCCUGCCCGGCUGACGCCCCGCCGCCGCCGCCGCCGCACCCCCGUCCCCAUUGUCCCCCGGCCGCCGCCGGCUCCAUGAGCGCCUCCUCCUCCCCCCUCCUCUGAGCUUCCCGCCCUCCACCUCAUGGCUGCAUCGGAAGAAGGGACCGGCUGCUUUCUCCCGCGAGGCAGGUCGCAGAGUGACCCCAGCAUCCUCACCGACCCCGCGGGCCCCGGGGAGCACCCAGAUGAGAUGGAGCAGUCCCCUGCAGUGCGUUCUGAUUACUUGGUCUCAGGGAUUCGAACUCCACCAGUGAGGAGGAACAGCAAACUGGCAACACUGGGCAGGAUCUUCAAACCAUGGAAGUGGCGGAAAAAGAAAAACGAGAAGCUAAAGCAGACAUCUGCAGUGCUGGAGAAGAAGAUGACAGCACGGCAAGGGCGGGAUGAACUCAUUAAGAAAGGUCUUCUGGAGAUGAUGGAACAAGAUUCUGAUGGCAAAGCCUGCACCGGUGACGAUGCCACGAGGGCGACGCAGAGCGAGGCUCCAGCACCCGUGUGCCAGGCACUCACCUCAGAGGAGGGGCAGCAGGAGACCACAACAGCAGCCACAACAAAUGUGACCUCCUUUGGUGAGGAGCUGCACUUGGAUGAGCCAAACGAAGAUGCAGCCAAGAAACCUUCAGCACCCAUGGAAGAACUGGAGGAUGCCAGCCUGCCAGCAUCUGAAGACAGUCCACAAGCCUUACCUGUACCUGAAUCCACAGACUCCCCCCAGAAGCAGACAGAAAGAAACCCAGCACAGCUUCCCAGCCCUCCAUUGCUCCCAGCUCCACCACCUAAGGCAAUCUCCAAGGUCACCAAGAACAUAACAGUGGGAAGUGAAAUGGAUGACCCAGCCAUGAAAUCUCCUCCUUCCACCAUCCUGAAGAACUAUGUCAUUGUUGGUUCCUCCCAAAUCUCAGGACAAGCUGCCCUCUUCCACCCCUCUGGCCAGAAAAGCUCAGAGCCCCAUGGCAGAGGCCAGGUAACAACGCCCACCGGUUCCCCUCACCUGGCUGCCGUUCAUCUGCCUUUACCUCCCAGCAGAGUCAUUGAAGAACUCCACAGGGCUCUGGCCACCAAACACCGGCAGGACAGCUUCCACGGAAGAGAAAGCAAAGGCUCUCCAAAAAAAAGAGUGGAUGUCCGUCCCUCAAGAACAUCGAGUAUGGAGCGCAACAAGGAGAAGGAGAACUCGCUGAGUUAUGGCAGCGACUCAGAAAACAAGAGGAACUCGGUUAAAGAGUCAGAUGAGAACAAAGAAAACAUGAUCAUGAACUCAGAGCUCAAGGAAGAGUCUGUUUUUUAUCAGGAUGAGGAAGUUUUGAACGACUCUGUUAUUUCUGGUACUUUGCCAAGAAAAUGCAAGAAAGAACUGCUGGCAGUAAAACUACGGAACAGACCAAGUAAGCAGGAGCUGGAAGACAGGAAUAUUUUCCCAAGGAGAACAGAUGAGGAAAGACAGGAAAUCCGGCAGCAAAUUGAAAUGAAACUCUCAAAGCGACUCAGCCAAAGACCCGCUGUUGAGGAGCUAGAAAGAAGGAAUAUACUGAAACAACGAAAUGAUCAAACGGAACAGGAAGAGAGAAGGGAAAUCAAGCAGAGACUGACAAGAAAGCUUAACCAGAGACCUACAGUUGAUGAACUGAGAGACAGAAAGAUCCUGAUUCGAUUCAGUGAUUAUGUGGAAGUGGCAAAAGCACAGGACUACGACAGGAGAGCGGACAAACCAUGGACACGACUGUCAGCAGCAGACAAGGCAGCAAUUCGGAAAGAGCUGAAUGAAUACAAAAGUAAUGAAAUGGAGGUCCAUGCAUCGAGCAAACAUUUGACAAGAUUUCACAGGCCAUAGAAAUUUUCUUCUGAGAAGAAUCUGUCUUUACUUUUUGAUAUUGCUGCUGAACACACAUCAGGGAAUACUGGAGUCUUUCCCUGAGGUUCAGCACAGGCUCCCUGGAUGUUGAUGUGACAGAAGGACUCUGCAGCUGAAGCCUCUGCAGCACUUGGGGACAGGACGCCAGCCCCGAGCUCUGGAGGCAGAAGAGUGCUGGCCUGUGGAGUGGGACAAGCUGCUGAAAAAGACUGAAGUGAAGCUACUUGGAAGAGCCUCCUCCUCUCCUUUCCCACCUGUCUGGAACUGGUUUGCAGCCUGCCUUGGAAAAGGAGAUGUUGUGCAUGUACAGGCUUUACCAUUCCAAGGCCUCUGACAUAAAUGGACAUGACGCUCUGUCAUCCAGUAUUAUGUUGACAAGAAAUUUUGAACUUACCACAGUUAGUUUGUAAAACACCUAAGUUCAUGUUCUAAAAACUAAUUUAAUGUAUUAUAAUUUCAUUCUUUUUUAUAUACUGUCUAACAGAAUCACAGCUGCAAGCAUUUUUGAUUCCUGUUACUUUUGUUCUUUAAUUAAAUGACUACUUAUUGCAGGAAAUGAA